CCCCACCAAAGGGUUCGGAUUAUCGAUAAAGACAAGGAAAACAAGCCACCUCGUCUCGUCGUACGCAACCGCACUACUCAGCGCUUUCCAUUUUCGCUCAUCCUCAUCCUCUUCCUCGCUUCCUUCCGGGCGAUCGGACCACGUUUCCCUGAUCAGCAUUUCUUUCUUGUGAGUUUCCGCUCCUCCCCAACCGCAUUCCCUCUCUUUUGAGUCUGAUCGACAUUGGCAUGUCGAAGGUCGAUGAGAGUCCUGCGAUGGCGGCGAAGGCCGGGAUGGUCGCGCCGCCUGCUGCGUCGAAGGCGACUGUUCAGAUCGAGGCUGGGAAGGCGGAUCCGGAUGCCCCAUCGAAAGCGACUGUCGACCUUGAGGCGGGGAAGGCGGAUCCGGCUUCGGCAGGUGAGGCUCCUUUGUACCCGAAUAUGACGGAGGACCCCCGGCUUCGUUGGAUGUUCAUCCGCAAGGUCUACGCGAUCAUCGCCGCCCAGUUCGUCUUCACCGCCGGCGUCGCUUCCGUGAUCUCCUUCGUCCACCCCAUCCCCGAUUUCCUCCGUUCCGGCACCAUGCCCGCGUGGGGCGUCAUUAUCACCUUCAUCCUGUUGCCGCUGCUCGUGAUGUGGCCCAUGCUGCGCUUCCGGGAGCGCCACCCGAUCAACCUGGUUUUUUUGGUGAUCUACACUGUCAGCAUCAGCCUUUGCAUCGGAUUGACGUCCGUGAUUGUAGGCGGUAGAGCCAUGCUACAAUCUGUAGUUGUUACUAGUGCCAUUGUCAUCGGGCUCACAUUAUACACUUUCUGGGCGGCAAGGCAAGGCCAUAAAUUUUCCUUUCUAUUUCCAUUUCUAUUUGCCUGCCUUCCGGUGCUUCUAAUUUAUCUCAUCAUUCAGAUUUUCUUCCCUCUGCCAAGCAUCUUCUAUACAAUAUAUAGUUGCAUAGCUUCGACUAUCUUCUCAGGCUUUAUCAUCAUGGACACCGAGAGAAUGAUCAAGCGCCACACUUACAACGAAUACAUCACUGCUGCAAUCUGCUUGUACAUGGACAUCAUUAACCUCUUCAUGUCCCUCUUGGGCUUCUCAACGCACAACUAAUCAACCAUCAACGCAUGAUUGACUUCAUGCCAGCACAGAAUCCAGGUCCUUCCUAAUUGCUUGCUUAGACAUAUAAAAGGCAAUUACAGUUUAUGAAAACAUUUACUUUUCCAACUCCCUUAGGUCGUAGUGAGUUGGGAUGACUCGAGAAAUCAAAGCUCUUAUCUUGUUUCGCUUUAUUCAUGUGUUUUUAGAGUCUUCAUUAGACUUGGAUGCGUAUAAACCAAUCAAACUUCUAACA